GUCUACAGCUUUGGCAUGGUGCUUCUUGAGCUGCUCACUGGCGUGCCACCUGCUAUCUGCCGGCCGGGUGGCCAGUCAGGGGAGUACAACUACCUGGUGGAUUGGCUGCAAGGAAGUUCGGAGAAAGUCCAGCAGAUGCUGGACCAGACCGCAAGCUUUGCCCCGCGCACCGCUGAGGCAAUGAGCGAGCUUGCCUUCCGUUGCACUCGCCUCCCGAGUACGGAGCGGCCUUUGUUUAAGCAGCUGGUGGAGGAGCUGCGCAAGUUGCUCUCUGCCUUAGCGGAAGUUGGGCGCCCGACGGAGGUCGUUUCGACACCCGCGGCUGCCGCCUCUCCGCCGAGCUCGGAGUUGACGCAGGCUUUCGCCAGAGGCACUGCUGUGGAGGCGCCCUUUCGCGGGGGACCGCUGUGGUUCCAAGGAUGGGUCGUGAAUUACAAGCAGAACGGCAUUGCUGUGGUGCGAUACAACGACGGCCAGGAAGAAGACGUGCCCGUCGCCAGCCUUCGCGGGGCUCCCGGCGAUUCCUUUGGGGCGCCGUCGCCGCCAGUGGCCGAGAUAGGGCAUCCGUCUGCGCCGCCAUCUUUGCCUGCCACAUUGAUUGCCGAUGCCGACAGUGGUCUGCUCGUCCCUGCGCGGCCAGCAUACCAGCUGAAGUGCGUGUAUGCCGAGGGGGUUGCGUUGAGCGCGUUGCCGGAAGUGCACCGCGCGGUGGCUGCCCAGAGCUCGGAGCUCGUGGUUGGCCGUAUGGUGCAGGCAGCAGACUUUUGGGACGCUCUGGUGCCCGAGAAAGACCUGCAGACCAGGGUGUCUCGGUAUCACUUCAAGCUCUCCUGCCGGAUGUCGUCUUUGGGGGGCGGCCUUUGCCAACCCGCCUUGUUCGUGAGCUGCUUGUCCCGAAAUGGGCUCCUGGUGAACGGAAGCUAUGUGGGACCAGAUGCGGAGCAGCGGAUCGAGCAUGGCGCUCAACUGGGGCUUGGAGUUGAAACUCUUGCGCCUAGCAAGUCGCAGCCCGCGAGUAUGGUGUCCGUGGCCACAGCUGCAGCAUGGCGGCCGCCUGCUGUGAAGCCUUUCCUUGUCUUCGAACUGGAGGUGCUAGACCAGACACAGAGGGCAGAUCCCAAGACGAUCGUGCCGGUGGCUCAGCAAGCCGUGGUCAUUGACCGUGCCGCGCCCGUGGUGUUCCCCCGCGCAUACGGAGCUUCACCCUGCUCAAGCCCAGGAGGGCCAGGAGGGCCAGGAGUGCCGGGUGCAGGAGACCUGCCAACCGGAACGGCAGCAUCACUGUACCCCUUUUCGCAAGUGGACUCCAUGACGGCACCGCCGGAGUGCUUCGUGCUGCAGAAGGACAGUCAACUUUGCCAGUCGCCGCUCGUCAAGUUCUUCAAGUCCCAGAUGGGCUCAUGA